CUCUACUGUGAUUGGUGUGUUUUGUCAAAACUAGAACAGGGUUUGUCCUCGAGACGAAGUUAAUAUGCAAAUGAGAAGAACCGUGACACAAAUCAGCUGGUCUUCGAGCCGCGACACAGUCUAUUUUAAGGUGACGGAAAUAUAUAAAAGCUUAGUCAUAUAUUGAAUUCGGCAUAUGCAAUGCAUCUGUUAUAGUGAAACGAAGUUCUAGUAGAUAGAGCGGUUCAGUUCAGAAUUACAUGUUCCAUUUCGUUUGUUCCUAGUAUUAGUGCUGUUGUGUGUGACAGUGAAACACACCCACAUAGCAUUUCCGUGUAUCAAAUCAGCUGACCGGCUUCUUUCUUCAUUCACACAAAGAUGAUAGACGUCGUAGAUUCGUUGACCAACCGUCUCAAAUCAGCCAUGAAAUCUUUACUCGUUGGAAGCAAAGCAAACAUGGACUAUUCAUUAAUUAUAGAGACUGAUUUCGAACAUGAAAAGCAUAAGUCAAAAUUAGAUGAAAAGGAUCCCAAUAUGAAUAGCUAUGGAGAGUUUCAUGACACAUUUGAAUCAGAUGCAUGUUGUGCUAUUCAGACAGAUAUUGAAACUGCCAUCACAGAGUCCUGUGACAAAGAAAACCAUUGUCAAAUCAUUUUCCCAUCAAACUUGAUGUCACGCAUUUCUCAGGACAUUCUUCGGAUGUCCAUGGCUGAGCCCUGUGGUGUUCGUGGUUGUGCAAUUUACAUUAUGCUAGAGGAAAAAAACAAACCUCGCAAUCUAACAACAAUUUUCGGCAAUCCGUCAACACCCCCAACCUUUGAAAUUCAUCUGACAUUAAAAGAAGAUAAUAGGAGCUGGAGGAAACUACACAAAGUUUAUCUUACAAUCAAAAGUUGUAUCCAAAGAACAAAGUGGACUGCUAUGCCUAAAAUUCUUUGCUCUGCUUAUCAGUUAGAAAAGAGAAGGUUGUAUCGCCGUGUCCACCAAAAAGAAUGUCUUAUUUCAGGGAUGGAAAUGUCGUGAAGAAAUUGUUCUGGGGAAUGUGCAAUUUAGUUUCUUAGGUUACACUCAUUUUGAAAUGAAAAACAGGACUUGAGUUAAUUUCAUGUUUGAUAGUUAUGUUGACAAGCUUCAGUCUUUGUGUUUGUAUUCAUUGUUAAUUUUCUAUUUAUGUUUUGUUUUUUAAUUUAAAAAAAAACGACUUCACUGAAUGUGUUGCAUGUGGUGGUCCAGUCUGAGAAUGCUUGAUUGAUGUUUGAAUAGUUUCUGGCCAGAUGUUAACUUCAAACAAUUUUAUUAGAAUAUUCUUAGCCUGCACUUUAUUUUUAUGUUAUUCUUAUUUCUUUUUUUGGUUUCAAUUUGUGCCAUAAUUUUUAACAUUUCUUUUAAUUAACAAUAUUUCAGUUAAUGACGUUGAGUAAGAACAUAUUUUAGGAAUAUUGUCGCCAUGGAUUUUUUUGUAUGACCCUUUCUUUAUUGCCAGAAGAUUCAGUAUUCUGAAUCUGCAUUGAUACAGUGUGACUAGUAAAAAUAUAGCCGAGCUUGAGUUCUCUUUUAUUUUUCCUCCCCUGGCCACAUUUGAUUAUAAAUUGAGAUAACUGAGAAGAAAAAUGUCUAGUUCACAUUUCGGUUGAGUAAAUGGAUGAAGUAUGUGUGGGGGGUCAAGUAGCUUUUACUACUAAACAAAAUAAGGCAUACAAUUCAUCACAUUCCUAUAUUUUUCUAUUAAUUAUUUAUGUGUUUAACAAACAUUUUAUAAGAAUCUCAGUUGUUUUGUCCUGCAUAUAACAAUUUUUAUUCCCUUGUGUUUUGCUGCCUUUGUGUUUCUUGUAAUAGUUUUAACAUUUUUUUACAAUUUGAAUAAUUAUGAAGUGUGAAUGUUAGGCAGCAGAAAUGUGUUCCAAAUUAAGUGCCUUUUUAAAUAAACAAACUGUAUGUUAGUUACAUUACAAAAUAAAAAACUGUGAUAAUAAUUGACAUUUACAGUAAAUAUAGUGCAAUUGAAUGGUUAAUUAGAUUUUCUUGCUAGGUGGCACUAAUGAGAGUCGGGCAAAUAAAAGUAGUUCUUAAACCUUUUAUUAAAGAUUUCUAAAUUAUAUUAUGUGAGCAAUUAAUUUGUGAAAGUAAAUUACAAUUUUACACAAUUUUUAAGAACUAUUUUAUUUUGUCAUAUUAAGAUAUUGACUUAUUUUUUCUAAAUUUGUUCCAAAAUGUGUUCCAAUUUUCUAUUUUUAAUAAAAGCAUUGCGUUAGUCCCAUACAUUAGCUAGUGCCACCUGUAGGAAAAUGUGUAUAUAAAUAAGAAAAAAUAAAUAUACUUGACCUCUAGGCUGUUGUGUAAAAUACUUGAAUUUAGUUUUAUAAUUAUGUGAAUGUUUUUAACCUUUACAAAAUGAAUACAUUCAACAAAAACUCUUAAAUCUACAAUUUACAUCAUAGAAUUUUUGCUGGAGUUCAUUUUUUUAAAAAGCUGAAACACAUUAUUCAAAAGAAUUUUUUUUUUUUCAUUCUGAAAGUAAAUGUAGCUAAUGUUUACAAAGUUCGAGCAGUCAGAAAUGCUUUUCUACCAGCAUGAAAUGUACAUAGUUAUUGACUUUGGUCAGAUUAUGUCUUGUAUAUUUUUGUUACUGAUUAUAAAACACUGUCAAUAAAAUGUCAUGUAUAUUA